GCGACGUGGUGGGUCCGGCCUUCCCGGAGGUCCCCGUCGGAACAGACAACCUGCUGGGCCUGGAGGUGAUGGGGGCGGAGACGGCGGCCUUCAACUUCGCCGCCAACUUGUGGUCGCUCCACUACCUGCGCCUCACCAACCAGAUCCAGCCGGGCAUCACCUAUGAGGUCUUGACGGCAGUGAACGUGCAGUACGCUGCGAUGGCCCGUUACCAGGACGAGAACGGCGCCUUCAGGAUGUGGCCUGAGUCGGAGCCGAGCGUGUGGCUCACCGCCUACAUCCUGCGCACGCUGUGGCUGGCCAGCUUCCAGGACUGGGAGAACCUGAUCUACAUCGAUCCGAGCAUCAUGAACCGCGCCACCGAGUGGAUCCUGGGCUUCCAGACGAGCCAGGGCGCCUUCACCGAGACGCCCAACUACAAGCACCCGCUCGACUCGAAGACAAACCCAACGCCUCGCUAUCAGCUGGAGCGGGACGGCUACAAGAACGUGUCGCUGACGGCGCAGGUGGUCCUGGCGCUGGUGAACGUCCUGCCAGGCCUUCAGGGGACACUCAGGGGCAGCGCCAAUUCUGCCCGCGACCGUGCCGUUGGCUACUUGGAGAGAGAACUGGAGAGCCUGCAUGACCCAUACGACGUGGCGCUGGUGUCGUGGGCGCUCACCAAGGCGGACUCUGAGCAGAAGGAGGUCGCCUACAACAUGCUGCACAGGAGGAGGAGGGAGGAAGGCAACAAGAUCUACUGGUCGCGCGAGCCGGUGGACUUCAACCCGAUGGUGUACGAGGACAGCCAGCGGCCGUUCAUCCAGCCCAAGAACGACCAGAAGUGGGACGCGCACGCCGUGGAGACGACGGCGUACGCGCUGCUCGUGUACAUGGCCCGCGACGGCAUCGGCAUAAUCCAGGAGAACAUCGUGCGGUUCUUGGCCGUCAUGAGGGAGCUGGACGGCGGCCUCAUCUCCACUCUGGACAGCGUGGCAGCCAUGGAGGCGCUGGUUGAGUACUCGUACCGGGCUCGCCUGCGAGACGUCACCAAUAUGUAUGUGACGAUCGAGCACUCUGCCAACCCCAACUUCAGCGUCAACGUUCACCUCGACAACACGUUCAACCUCGCCUCCAUGAGGUCCUUUGACUUGGAGAAUAUCUGGGGCCACAUUAGCAUCGUGGGGCAUGGCUCAGGUCAGGCUCUGGUGCAGCUGGACUACAGCUACGGUGUUGACUACGAGCCUCUGCUGGACUACCCGCCCGUGCCAGCUUUCGACUUUACCGUCUCGUCAAAAUUCUAUGGGCGCAACAAUUCGCACUUGGAGAUCACAACGUGCCAGAAGUGGACGGAUAUGGAGGAGGCGGAGACGAGCGGGGUGGCGGUUGUGGAAGUGCAUCUUCCCUCGGGAUACUACGUCAUGCAAGACUACCUCAUCGACCUUGUCAAUUCGCGCACCGUCAGGAACUUGCGCUGGGCGUUGCGGACGGACACGCAAGUCAAGUUUUUCUUUAACCACUUAGACAACGAAGACACUUGUGUGACGUACGAGGUGGAGCGGUGGCACCCGGUGGCCAACCAUUCCAGGUACAACAUGGCCCGGGUGUACGACCUUUAUCAGCCAGAGCGUUUUAACAUGACGAUCUUCGAGGUCUACCCGCUGUAUGGGCUGGACGUGUGUGAGGUCUGCGGCUCAUAUCAGUGUCCGUAUUGUCCGUUCUACAGCAGCGGCCUGAAGGUGGUGGCUACGCCGCUCUUGCUGGCGGGGCUGCUGGUGCUGGUAAUGGCGACCACAGCGGCCUCCUAGCAUGGCAGUGUUCUUCACAAUCCCGCCAGCGACAUGACGCCGCGCCACAGUGAUUCCCAUUCCCACUUAAUGACAUGACGUUCCAAGAUAUAUGCAUGGUUAUCUCGAUAGCGGUUGGUGGCUGAGGCGACGAACGAUUAGUGGAAAGUGAAGUGUGAUAAGAUCAAAUCAAUUCAAAGCAGUUGGACUGUGUCUAGUUCAGAGUUCAUGAAAAUGACGCGAAGUGAAGAGAGAUUAUUAAAAAUGAAAACUGCAUUUACAUAGACCAGUGUAAAAGUAUUCACCUCAUUACGUACAAACGUGUUUUGUCUUGGAAGUACUAUUUAUAUAUCCGUCAUAUUGAAGGAUUUUAACGGAUUUAAAGUUUUACUGAUAUUCAGAACGUUAGAUGUAUGAGUACUUGUUUUAUAUGAUAUAUUUUCUAUACUUCUCUACAUGAAUUAUGAGAAGAGAGACCGCCUUUUCCUUUCCCUUCUAAACGCGUUUGGAAGGCCCGAGGCAGAUACCUCGCUGCUCCGGGGCCUUUCCACACGCAUUCCUGUCUCCUGCCGCUGGCACUCCAGGGGCGCCAAGCAAAAGGGGGAAUUUUCGAACGGGCUCCUUCCUGUACCGGAGACUUGUCAUUACUUAUAGAUUGUUUUUUCGACCUAACUUUGAUAUUCACGAGUGCUACUUAGGUCUUCCUUGGAGUGAAUGUUGCAAACUAACUCGGUCCCGGCCAGCCCUUCUUGGCCGCGUUCACGGCUUCUCACUCGGAGGGAAGCCGUGCGCCGCGCAAGAGGCAGUGCGGCGGGAUUCGUCUAAC